AUGCACAUCCCAAAUUGCUUCUCCUUCUCCAGCUGCGAGGUCAGCUUGCAUCACAAACUCACGGCCCUCCUUCCAUGCGACGACUGUCGCUGGUGCAUUGACUGUAUUAAUGCGCGAUUCAACACAGUCAAUCAUGAUCGUACUCUCUGGCCAGCCAAGUGCUGCAGCAAUGCUCCCAUCCCCCUUGAUCCUGUUGAGGACAUCCUCACAACCGAGACUUUCAACCUUGCAUUGAGGCUGGAGCGCGACUGGGCUCCAGGCCUCCGCCCGACUCUCUAUUGCGCACGCCCGACUUGCUCUCUACCAUUUACUCUUAACGCUAUCUCUGAACAGGACAUCACAUGCUCCGCCUGCUCUGCCCAGACUUGCAGGCUCUGCCUUUCUCUCGCCCACAGCGGCCAUUGCCAGAUCGACGAGACAAUCGAGCUUGUCCUGAGUGCUCUCAACUACGGUGCUUUCAAGCGUUGUCCCCAGUGCAAUCAGAUGAUCGAACUGACUGAAGGCUGCAACCACAUGACUUGUGCCACUUGCAAGUCUGAGGUUUGCUGGCUUUGCUGUAGAGGUUGGGCUGAUUAUCGUGCUACUUGCCAGGACUAG